UUGCUUUCGCCGCAAUGACGCCUCCCUUCGCCGGCGACACGAGGCGUCGCGGGCAGUAACCGGCUGGUGUCCGUGAUCGGACCGAAGCGAAGUCGGAAACGCAGUGAGCAUACGAGAACGAGACGAGGAUUUAGAAGGAGAAUAAGCGAGAGCAGCAAGCCAUUACAGGGUGUCGUUUUAAUGGUCGCGUCACACCACGUCGCUUCACACUAUUCCCCCUCCCGUCUCCACGCUCUCGCCAUUGCUCGCUGCGUUUCUCGUUCUCUCCGUCGCGAUUAAUAGCGAUCCAUUCCGAUCGACCGAUCCACGUUUUCUCACACAGCCGGAGGAAAACCCGUCCUUACGCUCUUAUUUCCUUCCCAAGGCCCACGCUCUUUUCCAUGUCAACGACACGCGCGCUCCUGCCAAGGCCAGCAGCGAGUUACGCCCCCCACAUCGUUGCCGUCGCCGUCGUUCUCGGGAAAUUAUUAUUGUCUUGCACGUCGCACUCGUGCCACUGGGGAAUCUCGACGAGGGCCGCCGACGGCAUCGAACGUCGGGAGUCGCGAAGGAGAAGGAGGAGGAGGACGACGACAACGUCGUACGAUCGAGUCGGCGGCGUCGCUCCUGCUAGCCUGAGAUGAGCGACCAUGGCUGCAUACAUUUGAAUAAUUUUAAAGCAGCCAAAGGCAUCCAGCCGUACAAAGUGAUACACUCGUAUUUUGUGACCAGUACAUCGACUGAGGCACGCGUCAGGAAGGCUGUGAGCUGUUUAUGUCACACAUGUAAAACUUACAAGGAUCGCCUACAUUCUUGUCUUCAUUGCAUAUUUUUUGGCUGCUACGUAAAAGGUCACAUACAAGAGCAUGCGAAAACGAAAAAACAUUUUCUAGCCGUUGAUCUGUGUUAUGGGAAUAUUCUGUGCUUCCAAUGCGGCGACUAUGUAUACGAUAGAGAAUUAUUAACAGUAGCAAAAGCGCAAUGGAGCGAGUCGGCAAAAUCCUUGAGCUUCGGGGAAUUCUAUCGUGCAUGGGAGCCUACGCAGAUAGAGACGGAAUUGCUGAGGAAACAUCCGCGCCGAAGACGCGUCGUAGAAAAUUCCACUAUAGGUUUAAGAGGACUGAUCAAUCUCGGAAAUACUUGUUUCGUAAACUGCAUCGUACAGGCACUGAUUCACACUCCGCUAUUACGAGACUACUUUCUUGCUGACCGUCAUCACUGCCCGCAACCGAGUCGUUGUUUGGUUUGCGAGGUAUCCCACUUGUUUCAGGAGUUUUAUUCUGGCAACAAGGCCCCGCUAACGCUUCACAAACUUCUCCAUCUAAUUUGGACCCACGUCAAACAUUUGGCGGGUUACGAACAGCAGGAUGCCCACGAAUUCUUUAUUGCUACUCUGGACGUCCUUCACAGACACUGCGAAGCCGCUCCGAUAUUGGUCAAAGAAAACCCGCAUAAUUGCAAAUGUAUCAUUGAUCAGAUAUUUACUGGGUGCCUUCAAAGUGAUGUUGUCUGUCAAGCUUGCAAUGGAGUAUCUACUACAAUAGAUCCAUUUUGGGACAUAUCUCUGGAUCUGACUUCGGCAGCUAGUGCCUCUGGUUCUGAUGCACCCGGGACGCCCACCUCCUUGUUAGACUGUCUGGAAAAAUUUACCAGGGCCGAGCAUCUAGGUUCUGGCGCGAAAAUCAAAUGUAGUAACUGUGAAACUUACCAAGAAAGCACAAAGCAAUUGACGAUGAAACAAUUACCAAUUGUGGCGAUAUUUCAUCUAAAACGCUUUGAGCAUUUCAUAAUUCAGGAUAAGAUUUUUAAGAAGAAGAUCUCUACAUUUAUCUCGUUCCCGGAACAACUGGACAUGACGCCAUUCAUGUCACACAGGCGCAAUGGAAACAACAAUAGUUCUAUGUUGGAUAGCUUAUUGAAAAACGGAGCAGAUGUGAGCUUCAGUGACAACAGGUAUUCUCUAUUUGCUGUAAUAAAUCAUGAGGGUUCUUUAGAGACUGGACAUUAUACCGCUUUUGUUAGACAACAGAAAAAUCAAUGGUUUAAAUGCAAUGAUCAUUUGAUCACGCGAGCCAAGUUGAAGGAUGUCUUGACCAGCGAAGGAUAUCUGCUGUUUUAUCACAAACAAAUUUUGGAGUACGGUUGAAAUAAUAAAGUCUGAGAAAGAAGAGAGUGUGUGAAUUAAGUCAUGUAAUUAAUUUAUUUAACGAAGAAUUGAGAAAACUACUGCUGAAGCUAGACGUGUCGGUGACAUUUUGUGUUUAUCAAAUAUAAAUUAUUGUCACUGUCGCUUUGGUUUCCGCCGGCGCCUUUUGUGUUCGAUAAGAGUAUGUCGUUUGACUGCUCGAUCGAUGUCUACAUGAACAUAACGUAAGCGUAGAUAUUAAGAUUAGCUCAAUUUUUUUAAAUCGACCGAUCGCAAUUUUUGUAUUUCGCUGACUGUUAUAUUCCUGCCCCAACAUACACAUAUACAUUCGCGCAUGCACACACACACACACAACACACACACACACACGCACACAUACAUGCAUACACAUAUAUGUGUAUAUAUUCAGAAAUUGAAUAUUGACAUUUUGCUAAUUGAUACAUGUAAUUCUUAUUUUUAAAAAAGUCAAAAUUAUUUGACAAAAAAAACAAAAAUACAUUUUUUUCCAUGGGACAGCUCAUCAAUUGAUUCUUAUAGAUGAAACAUUUAAAAUAUUUUUUUGUUUUUUCAAAUAAUAAACACCCUAAUAAAUAUAUAUACAUAUAUAUGUAUAUACAGAUUGUCAUAAUAAUCGUGCAUGCCCUCGUGGGUUGAUAAAGCAAGUAAUACUGAGAAGAAAAGUCCUGUAUUAUUUUUCAAAAUUUGCAAUAGAGAUAAAAAUUAAUUUAGUCGGCAAAGAAGCACAUACUUUCCUUACCCACCGCACGCCAAACUAUAUACAGACGCGGCAGGCCGCACGGUGAGAAGGGAGAAGCACCAAUGAUUGUUUUAUCCGCCUCAUCGCGCCGUUUGUCACGUCUGUCUAUAGUUCAGCGACCGACGGUCACCGUGUGCGGUGGAUAGGGAAAGUAUAUGCCUAUUUGCCGACUAUAUUAAUUUUUAUCUCGGUAACUAUUGCGAAUUUUGAAAAAUGGUAAAAAAUUUUUCUUCUGAGUUGUACUUGCUCUAUCAACCUACGAGAGCAUGACCGAAUAUUUUGUGACACCCUGUAUGUUUAUAGAUAUCAUAUUGGAGAUGGAUUUAAUGUGUAUUUUUUAUAAUUUCUGUACUUUAUUAGCAUGUCGAUAUCCGAUCUGUGAAACAGCGCACCAGAGCAGAUGUGUGGUGUUGAGUUGCCGUUUAUCGACAGAGAGAGAGAGAGAGAGAGAGAGAGAGAGAGAGAGAGAGAGUGUGUGUAUGUCUUUUAAUACAUAUUCAAUAUAUUGUUAAUUUAUUCACAAAAUCAGAAAAGAGAGAAUUCGUAUUAUUUUCUAUAUUUAUAAAUUUGGAUCGCAUGAAAUUAAUAUUACCGGUACAAUUGAAUAAAAUAUCGUGUUCAGAAAGAUAAAUAGGAUCUCUUUUUUGAUAUCAUCGAAAAAAGUUACACUAUGAUGGAAUUUAGUGCGUUUUCCGUACAAAACAGUCUAUUUUUCUGUGUGUGUGCUAUACAAUUGUAUAUACUGAUAUAAUGAUAUAAUUUAUCCAAUACUUACAAUGGUUAUCCCUGGCGACUUUGUACAGACAAAGCAACAUGUGUUACAAUAAAUAUGAAGACACUGUCUGAUUUGAGGCGAACUCUUUCACUAGAUUUUGUAUAAUAAAAAUCACUGCUCGAAAA